AACCAAUCUCUCUUGUCACCUUCCCUUCAACAUCGUCUUUAACUCCUCUUCCUCCUUCACUCUCUCUCUCUCUCUCUGUUUAUUCCAAACACAAAACUCCAUAGAGAUGAUCCUUCUCUCUCUUCUUCUCCACCUUCUCCUCAACACAUCUCCAUCACACUCUCUCUCCCCCGACGGUGUCGCUUUACUCUCACUCAAAUCCGCCGUAGAUCAAUCCUCUUCCUCCUCUUUCUCCGACUGGAACGAAAACGAUUCCGAUCCUUGUCAUUGGUCCGGAAUCUCAUGUAUGAACAUCUCAGACACUUCCGUCUCACGCGUCGUCGGAAUCUCACUCGCCGGAAAAAACCUACGUGGCUACAUCCCUUCAGAGCUAGGCUCCCUCGUUUACCUCCGUCGUCUUAACCUCCAUAACAACGAGCUUCACGGUUCGAUCCCUACUCAGCUCUUUAACGCGACGUCGCUUCAUAGUCUCUUCCUUUACGGUAACAACCUCACCGGCGCUCUCCCUCCUUCCAUCUGUAAACCCGCGAAGCUUCAGAACCUCGAUUUGUCUAGCAACUCGCUCUCCGGAACACUCUCACCGGAUCUCAACAAGUGUAAACAGCUUCAGCGUUUGAUCCUCGCCGCUAACAAAUUUUCCGGUGAGGUUCCUGGUGAAAUCUGGCCGGAGUUGAAGAAUUUAGCUCAGCUUGAUCUCUCUGCUAACGAAUUCACCGGCGGGAUACCUAAAGAUCUCGGAGAGCUUAAGUCUCUCUCCGGUACUCUUAAUCUCUCUUUUAACCACUUAACCGGCGAAAUCCCUAAAUCUUUAGGGAACUUGCCGGUUACUGUCUCUCUUGAUCUCCGGAACAAUGAUUUCUCCGGCGAGAUUCCUCAGUCUGGUUCUUUCUCUAACCAAGGACCAACCGCGUUUCUUAAUAAUCCGAAACUGUGUGGUUUCCCUCUCCAGAAGUCUUGUAAAGACUCUGAUCAGAACUCGUCGGAGACGAGGAAAACGCCGGUGAAUAAGUCGGAUUCUAGAAGAGGGUUGAGCACGGGGUUGAUCGUGUUGAUCUCGGUGGCUGAUGCGGGGAGUGUAGCUUUAAUUGGGCUAGUGAUAGUUUACUUGUACUGGAAGAAAAAAGACUCUGAAGGAGGGUGUAGCUGCACAGGGAACGAGAAGCUCGGUGGUGGUGGUGGUUCGGAGAAAGGGAAGUCUUGUUGUUGUAUCGCGGGGUUUCCGAAAGAAGUAGACGAUUCAGAAGCGGAGGAGAAUGAGAGAGGAGGAGGAGGAGAAUGGAAAGGAGAUGGAGAGCUUGUUGCGAUUGAUAAAGGGUUCUCGUUUGAGCUUGAUGAGUUGUUGAGAGCUUCUGCUUAUGUGUUGGGGAAGAGUGGGUUAGGGAUUGUGUAUAAGGUAGUGCUUGGGAAUGGAGUUCCUGUAGCUGUGAGGCGACUUGGGGAAGGAGGAGAACAGAGGUAUAAGGAGUUUGUGGCGGAGGUUCAAGCUAUGGGGAAAGUGAAACAUCCUAAUGUGGUGAAGCUACGAGCUUAUUAUUGGGCUCCUGAUGAGAAGCUUUUGAUCAGUGAUUUUGUCAACAAUGGUAGUUUAGCCGAUGCUCUUAGAGGGAGGAACGGUCAACCAUCACCGAGCCUAACAUGGUCAACGCGUCUAAAGAUUGCUAAAGGAGCAGCGCGUGGGCUAGCUUAUCUACACGAGUGUAGUCCAAGGAAGUUGGUACAUGGCGACGUCAAGCCUUCUAACAUACUUCUUGAUUCUUCUUUUACUCCUUACAUCUCAGACUUUGGUCUCACACGUCUCAUCACAAUCACUGCGCCUUCCGCCUCCUCCAAUGAACCUUCCUCCUCCUCGGCUGGCGGUUUUUUGGGCGGAGCUCUACCUUACACUUCUAUCAAACCCUCGGAUAGAUCUAAUGGCUAUAAAGCACCUGAGGCCCGACUCCCUGGAGGUAGACCCACUCAAAAAUGGGACGUUUACUCGUUUGGUGUUGUGCUUAUGGAGCUUCUGACCGGGAAGUCUCCUGAUUCGUCCCCGCCAAGCUCCUCGUCGUCCACACUGGUAGUCGAGGUACCGGAUUUGGUGAAGUGGGUGAGGAAAGGGUUUGAAGAGGAGACUCCGUUGUCGGACAUGGUGGAUCCAAUGUUGCUUCAAGAAGUUUACGCCAAGCAACAAGUCUUGUCCGUCUUUCAUCUAGCUCUCUCUUGUACCGAAGGUGACCCUGAAGUCCGUCCACGUAUGAAGAACGUCUCUGAGAACAUCGACAAAAUCUGAUUCAAUUAUUAUUAUUCUUUUUUUUUUCUUCAGGUUUUGUAUCUCUUUGAUAGUUCUUACACGAGGCCGUUACGUCACUCCCUAGUCUAGGGACCGAUUUGUUUUUCAAUUGAAUAAUUAAUUAUUUGUUAUGAGUAACCAGUA